AUGGACAAUGAAUACUACGACGAACCCAGCGCAAGGGACGGCCCACUUGCCAUUGGGAAAAAACGCAAGUCGUCUGGCGAUGACGCUGAGUCUGGCCUCGCCGAGGCGACCAGUCGUGGGCUGGGUCAUGGGCCCAAGAAAAUCAAGCUGCCGGCAAGCCACGCAGAGCAGGGCACCAUGUCAGUCUCGCCACCAGGCACUCUCCCGGGCCAAGACCGGUCUCUUUUACCCCAGGAAAUAUGGCACUGUGUUUUCACCUACUGCCCGCCCAAAUCGUUAGGCAGUCUGCUGUCUGUUAAUAAACGGUUCAACGCCUACCUUGACCCUACGUUGCCGGUUCGGGCAAACCUUUCCUCUGUGACACAGGGUGUACUCAAGCUUAUGGAACCCAAUGCCAUAUGGCAAGCUUCGCGCCGCCGCUUCUGGCCUCAGAUGCCUGCCCCGCUACGGUCAAGUUCUGAGCUUGAUAUGUGGCGGCUUGCCUGCUCCCCUAGGUGUCAAGACUGCGGCAAAGUCCACGCUCGGGGGCCGACUUCUCGCAACCCCCUACAUCCUGGCCCAGGCACCGAGGGUGUGGCGGUCAUAUGGGCUUUUGGCACCCGCAUGUGCUCGGCUUGUCUUCUGAAGGCUUCUGACAAGGAGCUCGACCUGCAAAUAUCGCCAUCCAUACCGUCCGCCAUCAUCCCCGCGCUUCCCUUCGUCUUCUUCACCCAAGAUUGCGAUAUUUUUACGGCUACUAUGUUCGAGGCGAACCAGAUUCCCGCGAAUCUAGAGGUUACCAAACUUUUCUCCAAGUCAGACGCCCAAGCUCUCCAGGCGGAAUUUCUCCAAGUCAAAGAUAUGGGCCAAGGAACCGUGAACGAAUGGCUCAAGGGCCUCCCCGGCCGAGGCAGCGACCUCCAGCAGGAUGCAUCAAAAUGGGAGAAGUGGGAAUCAUCUGGUGGUCUCGCCAAGAUGCGUUCUCUGCUCUAUCCGGGAUAUAAGACGCAAAAGUCGUCAACAAACCCAAUCCCUGCCACAAUGUCUUCCCUGGGACGCCAGGAACGAACUGCUGAACAGGCUGCGGAGCUAAAGGCGGCUAGGAAGGCUGAGAUUGAACGACGGGCUUCGUUGUUGAAUCCACCGCUGACCGCUGAGGUUCUUGCCCACACCCUUGCUUUUCAAGCCGCGACCCAAAUCGUUGCCGAACUGGAUGAUGGGGCUUGGGAGCGACUCAAACCGCGGUUGUUAGCCCAGCGAGCUGACGCGGAAAAAAUGCUGCAGAGUGAGCGCAAAACCGAGCCUACCUGCAAACAAGAGUUCGAGGGACAAUCACCUCUCGAGACCACCACUCUGGCCACGAAUAAGGAGGCUCGUGACCGCAUUGACAAGCAGUGGGAGGUGACACAGGCUCCUUUGCGCGCGAAGAUAGCCGGUUAUGCAGACGAAGUCAUCCGGGACAGUUGGGACGAAGGCGAGAAAAUCACGAGAGAGAGCUGCUCACGAUUUGCAGUUGACUCGCUCAUCUACGUUCGGACGAGGUUCUACGCCGAAGUCGCCAAGGAUGCCGCCGCUGCGAAGGCGGCUGGCAAAUCACUGCCCCUGGACCCCCCUGAGGGCCCUUUCACCCAGAAAUUGACCUUGGAAAACAUGAAGUGGAUCUUUGACGCGAAGUUCAAGCCCUACACCGAGCCGUUGCGCAAGGAGAUCUUUUACUGCAAUGGAUGCGAGGGAAACUACAAGGCGUUUGGUUUCGAGGGCGUCAUCCAACAUUAUGCGGCGAAACAUACGAGCGCCCUCAGCCUGGGGAGCAUUGUUGUUCACUGGCGAGCCGAAUGGCCGGAACACCCGCCUUUCAGCGCGACAGCCCGAUCUGGGAAAGGCUCCCUCCACCCUCGCGCUCCGGGUGGCUUUGCCGUCAAUGGAGGUGCACCUUUCCCUCCCAAUCACGUUUAUCAGGCACCAGGGACUGCGCCCGGGCCCCCGGGCCCUAGUUAUCCAUACGGAUACAUUCCGCCAACGUACAGUGGCCACUAUCCGCAACUGCAACCCCCGCCGCCGCAACCUUACCAACCGCAACCCGCCGCUGCUGCUCCAUUUGUGCUGGCGACGAGCUAUGAGCAACAGCCGUCUUAUGCCGCUCCGUCUACCUUUCAUCCCGUUUAUCAGGCCGCUGGUUUUCCUUAUACAAACCCACCCGUUGAAAUAUCGCUAGGCCCUGCGCCUUCUGGUAGUGGGCACUACGAUUAUCAUUAUGGGUCAUAUCAGGCAAAUGGCGUUGUUGGUCAACAUAUUCCAUCCCAGCCAUCGACUUACCCGAGUCUCGGCCAAAUCCAGGUGGACGACAUUGCCCGUAACUCCCGCGAGGUGUGGCGAGCUCUGGGUGAUAUCCGAAAUCUCCCCGGCAACGUUAGGGUCUUUGUGACAAUCCACCAUCUAGUCAAGAGGUUUCGGUAUCGGUUUUAUGAGACGCCGCCGCUAGCAAUGUUCAUCGACGGCCUAUCCCACAACAAGGAGAUGCGCCCCGUCCGCAACGUCAACGGGCUUGUUUGCAAGGCCUGCCACUUGGGACUGGGCAACGCAGUUUCAGUAGAGCAAGAUAGGAAGGACUUCUCUCUACCACAGCUCGCGAACCACUUCCAGUCCAAGCACAUCGAACCGAUGCAGAGGUUGCAAACGGCCGCCGCACCGCUGGACUGGGUGAUCGACAUGGUUUUGAUUCCCGAUCUUGCCAUUCUCCCAAGCAUCGCUUCGUCGGCCAACGAGCCUCAGAAAGCCCUGCUCUCAGCCGCAUUCCCAGCUGUAUUUGACAGCCAAGACGGACAGAUUUCCAGUGAGCCGCGCCCCACUAGCACAACGGAUGCCCAGGAAGGGCCGCUGGUAGCCAGCAACUACUCGGGUUAUUCCAGUGCCAUGGGGUCUGCGGGAGCCAACCACUUCGUCGGCUACCGCGCCUCGGGAGAGUCAACCCGCAGCACCGUUCCGAAACCCCUUUCAGAAAACGAGCGUCCAGUGACACACAGCGACAGUGGCCGGAACUCGCCGUCCUAUGGAUCACAGCUUAACCGCGGGGAAAGUGGAUCGCAUGACGGCGAAGAGGCGGCUGGCGAAAAUCGAGACGGGCGUUCUCAAAACAGACAUGAUUCUGACGAGUGGGCGCCGGGGAACAAAUCCGGAAAGAGUUUUAGCAAGAACCAGGGCGCAAAAAAAGGGCUGAGCAAGAAAAAAAGUCUCGGGGAGAGGAAAAUGCUUGGGCGCCAGAAGAAAUUGAAAGCGAAAGAGAACAAAGCUCGCGAGCAGCAAAAGGCCCGAGAGGGGCGAGCAGUCCACGAGGGCAAAGACGUUCAUGGGGGGGAAGGAGCUGCCACCCAGGAUCAGUCCCUAACACAAUCGGGUGCUCGGGCGUCACACCAGCUUGAAAGGAGCUACUUGGCCCCGCCAACGGAUAAAGAGCGAGAAUCCGGCGUCAUGGCAGGCGAGGAGUCGUACGUCGAUCAGAGGCCGUUGCCCCAGGCUCAAGGCCAACAGGUGGAUUCUGCAUCGUACCCGGAAAUGCCCCCCAAAUACCAGACUUACCAAGGAGGACAAGACCAGCAUGGUGAUAGGGAGGCUCGAGCGCGGUUCUUCGCAGCCAGCGGAAGGAGGAGCCCAGGCGAAGCCGACCCUGUCUAUUACUCCAGGCCAGCGACGGUGGAGAGUGUACAGGACACCUAUGGCCUCCAACGGAAUCAGGCCGGUUACCGAGAGCCAUUGCCACGCCAUACCCAGGGAGAAUGGUUCGGCCCACCAGCUUCCCGGGCGGAAGACACCAGCCACGGGACACCGCUCCCAGAAACAGACCACCGCAGGUACCGUGAUGAUGGGUACAUGGCUCACCGAGCGCCGGUCGAAGCAUACGAGAUUGUACACGUCAUCGACGAGCACGGGGAAUACUAUAUCCGUCGGCCAGCACGGCGCGUGCCGGGCCCGCGGUACUUAUACGAUGAGCCGGCGGCCCCGCACAAUGCCGGCCCCUACGUUACACACACCCAGGCCCCUCGGCCAGGUUUGGUCCCAGAAGUGUACCGCGCCAGCGCGGCUCCAGAAAACCGGCCAGUUAACCGGCGGGCUGACCCGGCCUACUUUGAGGAGUAUGACCCCCGGUUUCCGGCUGCUUGA